AGAGAAAGAGAGAGAGAGAGAGAGAGAGAGAGAGAGAGAGAAGGAGAGAGAGAGAGAGAGAGAGAGAGAGAAGGAGAAGGAGGAGAGAGGAAGAGAGUGAGCAUCAAAAUAUCGAAAUAUAUACAAAAAGAUCUAAAAGAAAAAAAGAAAUUCGGCAGUGUCCGCACAUGUAUACCCACACAAAAGUAUCGCUCGACUCCAUUACGUCUCACAAUCAGUCUAUGUAUGAGGGUAUGAGCAUACUUAGGGAAAGGUUAUAUGUGUCGCGAGUGAACCGUGAUUACUAACCUAUUUCAACGCGCGCGCAUUCUCCUGUCGACGUAUAAUCUAUAGAGAGUGCGCGAAAAAGAACGACGGACGAAACGAUUUCGACAACGUGACUAAAGGCGAUGGAGCGGACUCACCGACGUAAUUAAUGGUGAUGGAACGGAUUCAAUGCUUCAUAAUUGUUCUAAUCUAUAUCCGCUCGCGCGCCUCGUCUUGAGAUAUAACCUAAGUGCGCGAAAAAGGACGAUGGACAAAGUAGAUUCGACUAAAGGCGCUGAGCGAAUUCAACGACCUGAUUAAAGGCGAUGGAACGGAUUCGACGACGCGAAUAAAGGUGAUAGAAUAGGCCAGCGAGGCGGAUAACAACGAUGAAACAUCGUUCGUGCAGCCAAUGGAACAAAUCGAACCAUCGACGACACCGCACUCUGUACGUCAUUUUUGAUUUUAAGCUGUAGCUCGAAGUUCUGUUUUCUGUUGUUGAGUUCGCUUUCUAGUCUCAUCGUCUCAGCAAUGAUGAAAAACGUGCAUGGAACAUGGAAAAGCAGUGCUCGACAUGCAGUUGAAUUUUGGAUAAAAUUGCAUAAUUAAUUCGACGAGUAUUACAUUUACUCAUAAUUUAUAUUAUCAUGUGACAUAAGAACAAAAAUGAUGAAUGCAUCGAACGUGUUGCUUAAGAAUAUUGCGAAAAUGCACGAUUCCAAAGUAUCAUCUAUAUUGCCAUCUUGAAUCAGCUGUCAAGCAGACGAUACACAGCUUUUAGUACAUCGUCUGAUCUUUAGAGAGACAUGGAAAUAUCUGAAGAUAAUGUACAAGUAAGAAACCAGCCAACAGACUUGAUCACAGUAUACAGUAGUAAACGGAAGAACAAUGACUCUGAUACGGAUCUUAAUGAAGUCGAGAUAGUUACGGCAGCACAGCAUUUUUGUGCUAUUGAAAUCAAAGAAACCAAUAAUCAUCAUGUAAUCAAUGAGAAAGCGAUUGAUAAAGACCAGAUUGAAGUGAAUGAAUCAAGUACUUCAGAUUCUCCUUUAGGAAAUGUACAAAAUAGUGAGAGCAAUGUCAUUACUAAUGUAUUAACAGAUUCAAUUUACUUAGAUACCUUGGAUUCCGAUUCCAUAAAUAUUGAGUUCCAGAAACAAUCAAAUGCAACAGAAGUUUUUAUUCGGAAUGAUGAACAAUCGACUAAUUAUAAUGUAUCUACAGUGACGAUACCGAACGAAUUCUUGGAUGGUCUUAAUAUCAAUAUAAAAAAAGAAGAUGAUGAAGAUCAUGGGACCUUAUAUACAGCAGAAUGGUUAUGCGAUGGUAAUGACGAUGCAAGCAUACGAUUAAGAGUUUUGAAAGACACUAAACAGAAUAUACAAGUCCCCGUUAAUAUUGACUCAUUGACUGACGUAAUCACAGUAGCAAAACGUAAAAAUCAAUUAACAGACGGCAAAGAUACCUUAGAAAAAACUAAAAUAUCCAGAAGAUCAAAAAAACAUGUCAGAAUAAAACCCACUGUGCAUCAAGAUUAUAAAGAAAGAUUGAGGAAAAAAGCCGAAUGUAUGAGAGAAAAACGGAAGAAGCUGUAUGAACAAGAAAGUGAGGAACAGCGUUUGCAAAGAUUGGCAAGAGAAGCGGCAAAAAGACGCGAGAUGAGAAUGUAUUACGAGACACCGGAGCAACGAAGGAAAAGACUCGAUGCUGAAGCAGCGCGAAAAAGGGAAUAUAGAAUGUAUAACGAAACACCAGAAGAUAGGAGAAAGAGAUUAGAUCGCGAGGCCGAGAGAAGAAGAAUCAAGAGAUUAUCAUUAUAUGCGAGCGAAACACCAGAACAAAGAAGGGAAAGACUUAACAAAGAAUCGGCAAAGAGACGAGAGGCCCGAUUGAAUCAAUAUGCUAAAGAGACAGAAGAGGAGAGGAAGGAGAGAUUGCAAAGGGACGCUCUGAGGGCUAGGGAAAUGAGAUUCACAAGAUCCGCUAUUGAGACGGAAGAGGAGCGUAGGCAAAGGUUAGUAAAGGAUGCCUUUAGAAAGAGGGAGGUAAGGAUGCAUGGGGGCCAUUCGGUGAACAAUAAUUUUACGGAACUCCGAACCGUUCGCAAUUUUCAAGAAUUGAACGAUGUGCAGAUAAGGGACAAUCCUGAAAAUCAAUUGGAUGGCCAUUACCUGAGCAACUGGAUGAUGUGGUUUCAAAAUACAUUGACACAACCAAUUCACAGUGGAGAACAGAAUGUAGAACCACAAGCACAGCAUAAUAGAUAGAACUUAUGUUUUCUGCUAUGGAUGUACUUUCAGGAUUUUUGUACAUAAACGUUACUGAUAACAGCGACCAAUCUGAAUGUGCUUUACUUAUAUGCUUGCUAUACAAUUUACAGAUUUGGAGCGAAUUGUUAAAAUUGCAAUAACAGAAUUACCGUUAUGCCAAUGUAAUAUUUCUGACAUGUACAAGAUUUAUGUUAACAAUAGCAAAUUAAAUUCGCGUUUUAGAGAAAA